UCCUCAGGAACCAAUCCUGAAGAGGUAGGGCGGAUCCUUUCCGGGUUCCGGUUCCGGCUCCGCCCCCCCGGCUCAGUGAGGCGGUACUGUUCCUGACCGCGAGACGCUGGAGCUAGGGAUCAUGUACUGGGACAGAAUCAACCCAGGAUAGAAGAUUCGCUGGGGGCUGGCCUGACCCAUGGAAUAAAGGUGUUGGCCAUUUGUGUUCAUCCUCAGGGUUCAGAGAUGGGCAGUGAGAAGGAGCAGAGCCCAGAACAGCACCUGCCCGAGGAAGGGGAACGGGGUAAUAAGCCCUGGAGAGUGGAUGACUCCAAGGGACCGGAUGGGGAAAAAGAGCCUGGGCAAGCAAGUCCGUCGGAGGGGCCAGAAGGGCCCCGUCCAGAAGAGCCCACGCAGGAAGUCGUUGUCUCUGCUGCAAAGCCGGAGGACCUCUCUGCUCAUCGGAGGCCCGAGGUGGAUGAGAAGCCCUUUGUAUGUGUCCAGUGUGGCAAAACCUUCAACAACACCUCCAACCUGAGGACGCACCAGCGCAUCCACACGGGCGAGAAGCCUUACCAGUGUUCCGAGUGCGGUAAGAGCUUCUCCAGAAGCUCCAACCGGAUCCGGCACGAGCGCAUCCACCUGGAGGAGAAGCACUACAAGUGCCCCAACUGCGAGCAGAGCUUCCGGCGGCACGCGGACCUCACCACGCACCAGCAGGACCACCUGGGCCGGCGGCCCUUCCGCUGCGACCUCUGUGGCAAGAGCUUCGGCCAGAGCUCGGCGCUGGCGGUGCACUACCGGACCCACCUGGAGCCCGCGCCCUACAUCUGCUGCGAGUGCGGGAAGAGCUUCAGCAACAGCUCCAGCUUCGGCGUACAUCACCGCACCCACACGGGCGAGCGGCCCUACGAGUGCACCGAGUGCGGGCGGACCUUCAGCGACAUCUCCAACUUCGGGGCGCACCAGCGGACCCACAGGGGCGAGAAGCCCUACCGGUGCACCGCGUGCGGGAAGCAUUUCUCCCGCAGCUCCAAUCUCAUCCGCCACCAGAAAACACACCGGGGAGAGCAGGCCGGGAGAGAGUCCAGCUGAAGAGGCCGAGAGAGCGCGGACAGAGCUAGGGACCCCAGCAUAGCGUAGAAAGACCUUUAGGAUCCGCUGCUGCCCCCUUGACCUCAAGCCCUUCUCCCACUUUGGAGAUGGGUUUUCUGUUGCCUCUGAAGCCAGAAUCUCCAGGAAGUCAGAGAAGGGACUCGGAGUAAAAAUCUUUACAUUUUUCCAGGCCAAUUUCUUGUGGUAGAUAGUCAGAGGACUCCAUCUUAGUUUCAUCUCCUUGGGGUGAAAGAGAAAUAGGGUAGGUUUAGUUCUUGCUUAUAUCAUUAGGGUGACCUUCUCCUGGCCUUUAAGGAAGUACCUGUGAGAUAAGCAUCGCUGUCUGGAGGGCCUCUGUAUUGUGUAUGGACUGCUUGAGCUUAGGGCGCACUGCAGGGGUCCACUAAUUCCACCCACUGUGCCUCAGCUGGACAGGGAGGAAGGGGCUUCCCAGGCCUGGAGAAGAGGUCUCAGGUCCUACUUUAGGAAUGAAAGGGAAACCCUUUCAUUCCCUCAUGUUUGUGACUUGUCACCCCCAGCCCAGCGUGCAUCUGUUUCUCCAGGAUUAGCAGUAAAACCCUUUAAUGAAAA